CCCAUUCUGGACGAGGCCUCUCCGACGCUUGUCUCCCGAAGAGGAUGCGGAGGGAAAUGACGGGUAUGGCUUGUUGUUUUCUAGGGCAGGAAAAAAGAGAAGAAUUCGGUUAGCGGUUUCGCGCUGAGACUGCGCGCCGGCGUUCGCUGUCAGGGCGAGCUGGCCGCAGAACGAGAGGCGGCUCGCGGCUCUGCAGCGGGAGGGGAGGAGCCCCUGCGCCUCGCGUGCCUUCCUCGGGGGGGCGCUGCCGCGCCGGCGGGCCAGCAGGCACCGUCCGGCUGGAGACGCACGCAGUGGUUUUAAAGGCAGAAUGAGAAGAACGACGGAGGGGGGACAUGCACCAAAAGGUUCUGUUGGACACAAUAACUAGCAGCGAGAAAACACGUUGGAGUGGACGAACUGUCCCUUUAAAGUUUUUGCUGACAGCUGGCUCCGCCCAUGCUCAUCAACUCGGCUCCCAUUGGCUGAGAGAGAGGUCAGCUGCUGCAGUGGUAUGCACGUGCAGCUCCGUGCAUUUCAAGAUCAAGAUGGCAGCCUCCGUGUGUCGUUGCUACGAGCUGGUUGGCAGACGUGCCUUGGCCCUCUGCUUCCGUCCUACUGCCUCUUCAGUGUGGAGAGGAGAUGCCCACACGUUAAUGAGGAGUCCAGCUGCAACGGUGCAGGUGCGAUAUGCUUCGGGACGUAAAGGUUUCUUGGGAGAGUUUGUGGAUAAUCUGCGGCAGGAACUCAGCAAGAAUCAGGAAAUGAAAGAGAACAUCAAGAAGUUCAGAGAAGAGGCCAAGAAGCUUGAGGAGUCUGACGCUCUCCAACAAGCCCGCAAGAAAUAUAAAUCUAUAGAGUCGGAAUCCGUAAAGACUUCAGAGGUGUUUAAGAAGACCUUCGGCUCUCUGUCGGAGACCGUCAAGGAGGGCCUGGAGGAGGUGAGUCGUACUGAGAUCGGGAAGAAGAUCAAGGAAAGUGUGGAGGAGGCUGCCAAGACGGCCAUGCACUCUGCUGAGUCCGUCUCCAAAGGAGGAGAAAAACUGGGUAGAACUGGUGCAUUCAGGGCCAUCUCACAGGGUGUGGAGACCAUGAAGAAGGAGAUAGACGUUGGGGAUGCCGGCGCUUACAGAGCUCCCCCGCAGCUCAGGAAGAGAAGCGAUUUCUCCUCCAAAGGAGCCGAAUGCGACUCCAGAGUGUUCGAGGCCAAUGAAGAGGCUAUGGGUGUUGUUCUCCACAAGGAUUCAAAGUGGUACCAGCAGUGGAAGGACUUCAAGGACAAUAAUGUCGUUUUUAACAGAUUCUUUGAGAUGAAAAUGAAAUAUGAUGAAAGUGACAACGCUCUUGUCAGAGCAUCCAGAGCUCUGACUGACAGCGUCACUGGCUUCCUAGGUGGUCUUUUUUCCAAAACUGAAAUGUCUGAGGUUCUGACGGAGAUUGUGAAGGCUGACCCCACCUUUGACAAAGACUCUUUCCUCAAACAGUGUGAGAAAGACAUCAUCCCGAACAUACUGGAGGCGAUGAUUCGGGGGGAGCUUGAAGUGUUGAAAGACUGGUGCUAUGAAGCUACGUACAGUCAGCUGGCUCAUCCCAUCCAGCAGGCCAGAGCGCUGGGGCUGCUCUUCCAGUCCAAAGUCCUGGACAUUGAUAACAUAGAUCUGGCGAUGGGUAAGAUGAUGGACCAGGGCCCAGUCCUGAUUAUCACCUUCCAGGCUCAGGUCGUCAUGGUGAUCCGCGGCCCCAAAGGAGACAUUGUGGAAGGAGAUCCGGAGAAGGUGAUGAGGAUGAUGUACGUUUGGGCGCUGUGCCGUGACCAGGAGGAGCUCAACCCCAACGCAGCCUGGAGACUCCUGGACAUCUCCGCCUCCAGCACGGAGCAGGCUCUGUAGGAGGAGACGGGGGGGAGGGACACCCACAAACUGAAGGAGGGGAGAGACGCAAGGAUGUGACUGGAACACCUGCGCUCGGCCUCACAUGCACGCACGCACGCACGCACGCGCACACACAUUUACAUCUGAGCGCAGGGCGCUCCCAUGUCCCUGUGUCAUGCCAGAGACUGUCGGCGCAUCCUCAUAUUCCCGAUCGACCAGAGGAUUUAUGUGCACACGGCGUUCUCCCCUCUGUGGCACGAAGACAUAAAUAGACUGCCGGUGCUUCAUCCAUCCGUAGGCAACUGUGCGUCCACCGAUAUACGCGUGUGUCGUGUCUGCACUGGUCCGCUCUGUGUUUUGGGUUGCAUUGCUUCUUGGGAGGGCUGGAACCAACCUUUUCAACAACCUCUUAAAUAGGAGUGAACCUGUGCCAUUUCCAUGAUUGUGUUGUCUAGAGGUACAGUCCAUCCGCACCGGGCCGGUGGCUCGAUCCAAGAAGAUGAAGAUGAUGAUGAUGGGUGGAAAUGGUUUAACCAAAGACGCCAGCGAGUUGCGUGAUGGAAAUUACUUUUUAAUAAUUGGCUCAUAUUACAGAUUAAAGACAUCCAAGCCUGCGCUGCUGGGAUUUCAACCAUUCUUUUUUCAUUUAAAAAAAAAAAAAUGUCUCCUGUAAGUCUCCAAACUUAUAUUAAACUGCAAUACUAAAGGCAUGAGGUGCAAAUUGUACAUGUGUCUGCCUGUGCAUAGUUUGCCUAUGCAACAUCAACUGUUGAGUGUUUACGCUCCCUUAAAAAGAACACCGUCAUAUCAGAUGGCGAUAUAACCAGUGACAGUCGUUAAUGUUUUUAGACAGUAAAUGGUUUUGUAUUUUUAGACCAAAUUACAAGUGAUCGUGAAGAUGAAGGCUUUCGCAGAACUCUGCCUGUAUCUGCCAAAUUCCACUUUGGUGGGUUUUUUUUUUCUUGGUUCCUAAUGGCCUUCACAGCAGAAACGUAUCAACACUUAUAAAAGUACAUAAAGAUGAGGCUUGAAUCAAGUAACGCAGGAUGUAAUAACCCGUGUAGCUCAGAGCGCCCGAUGCACCUGAGACGCCACAAGAUGACAUGCUUGUGUUUGCGCCAGAGGCGUCAUAUGUAGCCGUGCAUUUGGCUCCCAUUCAGUGUACAUGCACUCAAUAAGAACUGUAUUGUUUUUAAACAUAUGUUUAUAAGAUUGGGAGGGACCGCGUUCAAAUAUGUCAUAAUGACACGUUAUGAUUUGAUGAUCAUUUGCCAUCUUGUGUUGUAUAUUUCACAGCUGUUUUUUUUUACUAAAAGUUUGGGUUUACUGUUGCUGAAGAUGGAAACUUGAAUGAAUCUGCAUAUUAAUGCACCCGUUGUGUUAACUGGCAUCUGUACUGUGUGACCUUGUGGACCUCUACUCUCAUGUGUCUGAAGAUGGAACACGUUAUGAUUGUACUGUAGCUCUUUUCACCCAACUAUUCUAUUAAGUCCAUAAUGGUGACGAGAAAUAUAGCUCCCGGUAUAUAUACUAAAUAUACAUAUAUAUAUUUUGUGCCACAAUAAUUUGGGAAUGUUUUACAGUUUUCAUUCAUGCCCAAAGCAUGCGAUGUGAGAUCAUUAAGGGGAGAAAGAGGUAAAUAAAUUGAAUUAACGCAUAUUACAAUGAAA